AUACAGUAAUCAUAAGACUGAAAAUCAAGGCUCAAACUCAAAACAGCGAUAAGAAGUUAUAACGCUUGUGUCCUCUGAACAAUCAGUAUCAAUUAAUAUAGUAACUUUUAUUACUACAAUCAAGUGAACUUUUGGCAGUGUACAAUUAAGUAAAAUAAUAAAAUUAAAACAUGUACAAGUUCACAUUACGUCAAGAUACGUCUCAUUACAAUCACGAAGUAUCACGUGUAACUAUGAUAAGACGCGUCAUGCAGCGGGACUCAACAAACCAAGACCAUCAAAAUUUAGCCGAAGCAAACGAAAUAUAUAUGACUGCAAGGCAAAUACCUAGCUUUAUAGAACUUUUAGAAUCAGAUGAUGUUGACAGAAGAACUCAAUUAUGUAUUAGAGAAUUAAUAAAUAAGAGUGAGAACACAGAAAUGUUAGAGUAUCUUCGAGACAAUCGUGAUGAGUUUUUGCAACUAGCAAGCCGUGUAAUAAAAAAAAAUCCAAAAGAAACACUACAAGAGCACAUGUGUGCUACAUUAUGCCUAUUAGUUCGGUUAGUUUCCACUGAUGCGGAAGGAAUUAUUGAUUUAAUGGACAAUGACACAACCUUUGUUAAAGCAAUCAUAAAUCUCUUACAAUCAUACGAUGUGUACAGCAAUAAAGAUUUUGUGUAUUAUUUUUCCGCAUUUCUAAACGCAGUGUUGGACAGAAUUCAAACAAGGUUUGAAUCAAACUGGAAAAACCAUUUAUUAGAAUUGGGAAAUAAGAUAAACGAAGAACUGUCUUUGGAAACGCUUGAAAAUGUUGAAAGAGUUGCAGCAAUAUAUAGAGCUGAUAAUAUGCAUCCAACGCCGGAGUUUCAACAAAUAUCGGUCUAUUUACGCACUUUGCUUAAUCUGAAGUGUAUGCAGCUAACGCAAACGAACAAUGAUGUUCUGAGACAAAUAUUCGUAGUAAACGAAAUAUUUUUAAAACCACUUAUUAAAGUUGUGAUAAAAAUUUUUAGAAAACACAUAAAAGUUCAACAACAUGUUACUACUUUUUCUCAAUGGAUGUUCAUCGGAAGUUGGCUUUCGGUAACAAUAUUUAUAAGAAGACUCGAUUUAUAUAAUGUCGAAUCACUAAGAGAACCUAGCAAGUUGUUUCACGAAAAUAGUUCGAGUUUCUUGAAAACAAUGGAUAUUAUGUACAAAAUAUUGUCAGAAUUUACAAAUAUAGAACAAGACUCGAUUAACCUGUUUUAUCAAUCUAAGAUAAUAAUCGAAGCAGUUCGAAAAACUUCAGAACUACUUGUACUUUUUUGUGACAAUAUAGGUGUUCCACUGACGUUAACUAUCAUGUUACUAUCUAUAUUUUGUCACAUCGACAAACUACACAAUGAAACUUCAGAGGAUGAGAAAAAUAAACUUGUAGAAGACUACUUAAGUGAAUCAUUACUGUACUGGACUUUCAUUCUAGACAAAUGUUCCUGGCUACACAUCUUGGGGAUUUUGGAUUUAUGUCCUACCGACGUUCAAGUUUUUGUACUAAAAAAAGCAGUAAAUAGUUCUGUUUUACCCGUGCCAAGAAAAACACAGUUGAUGAAAGUUUACAAUUACUUACUGAUAUAAUUGUUAAAAAAAGGAUCAAUGUAUAUACUUGUUUAUAUACUUGUAUUUUUUCAUCUAUAUUCAAUAUUUAUCCUUUAUACGGUUUGUUUUCAUGUA